CCUUCGACGUCACGAUGCAACUGCGCGUGUUGACGGCGCUCUUCGUGCUGGGAUGUGUGAACUUUGUGUCCGUGCGGGCCGACGUUGAGGCGAAAGAGCCACACGUUGUCGAAGAUAUUGCUGAUGCAAACACGGCGUCGGACAAUAUCGUGCAAGCUGGCCUGGACGAUGCGGCCGACCCGAUCUCGAGUCAAAAACCCCACAUCAGCGAAGAAGUUGUCGCGCAAAUGAUGGAGUUGAUUUCUCCAGAGUGUCGCGCUGCAAUUCAAAUGAAUCCCGAAGAUGCAAAAGGAUUGUCGGAUGAGUGCAAUACUGAAGUGCAAACGACACUGCAAAAGCUCAUGGGAGGCAACGUCCGCAACCCGAACGACCCAGUCACCCCCGAGAUCUUUGGAAAGAUGAUGGCGUCAAUCCCCGCCGACUGUCGUGCUGAAAUCGAAGCCAACCCCACGGACGGCUCCAAGAUUUCCGACCCGUGCAAGCAAACGAUUCAAACUACUCUCUCCAAGCUCAUUGCCAAAGCCAAGCGAGCUGAGGAGUUCAAAAAGUCGAGGGCGUCUGCAAAGCCGUUUGAAGGCUCGACAGAAGAUCAAGCGAAGUCCAAGAAGCAACGCCGUGGCAAGAAGGAAACCAAGGGCAACAACACGACGACGUUGUUGUUUGUCAUCGGGUUUGUCGUCACAGCCCUGGCCGGGGUCGUCGGGUACGCGUACAUGUUGCACCAAAAGCAAGCGCUCCAAGGACGGACGUCAAAGGCCCCGAAGAAGCUCAGCAAGCACAAGAAGGAGAAGGAGGGGCGCCGCCAAGCAGCCGCAGCUGCAGCAUCUAUCAAUUGACAGGAACAACAGACGUAUCACUCGUGUCAUGGGCUGGUUCCACGUAUUCUGAGCACGACACACUUGACGCCAGAUUCACAUUUGUCGUACAUAUUAAACGACCCUUCUACAGGGCAGCUGCGAAUGCAGUUGGUUGACCAGGCCAUUCAAACGGAGACAAGAUGCUCGCCAGCACACACCGCCCUGUCGCCUUCAUAUGGCGACGACUGUCAG